AUGGUGGCCCUCGCCCACCCGUCCCAGGACCUGUGGUGGGCCUCGCCCACCCAUCCCAGGACCCAUGGCAGCCUCGCCCACGCGUCCUGGGACCAGUGGUGGCCUCACCCACCCAACUCAGGACCCGUGGUGGACCUCGUCCACCUGUCCCAGGACCCGUGGCGGAUUCACUCGCCUGUCCCUAACCCGUGGCAGAAUUGCCCAGCCGUCCCGGGACUUGUGGCGGAAUCGCCCGCCCGUCCCGGGACCCGUGGCAGAAUUGCCCGCAUGUCCCAGGACCCGUGGCAGAAUCGCCCGCCCGUCCCGGGAUCCAUGGCGGAAUCCCCCGCCCGUCCUGGGACCUGUGGAGGCCUUGCCCGCCCGUCCAGGGACCCGUUGCGGAAUUGCCCGCCCAUCACAGGACCCGUGGCAGAAUCGCCAGCCUGUCCCUGGACCCAUGGCAGCCUCGCCUGCGCGUCCGAGGACCCAUGGGGGCCUCGCCAGCCCACCCGAAGACCUGAGGCGGGCCUCACCCAUCCGUCCCAGGACACGUGGCAGCCUCGCCCGCCCGUCCCCGGACCAGUGGCAGCCUCGCCUGCCAGUCCCAGGACCUGUGGUGGGCCUCGCCCGUCCAUCCCCGAACCAGUGGCGGCCUAA